CAAAAUUCGACUCAAUUUGACUCGUACAACUGGGACUCUACUCAUCGAUAAAUAGACUGCCCAGAGAUCGGGUUCGAUAAUCAUUCUUCGCGCAUCAAAGAAGAGUUCUCUCUUCAAGCGCUUUCUAUCCAAGAUGGCCACCGAUACGCAAACUAUCGAGUUGGUUCAAACAGGGAAGCGCGAUUAUCUAAUAGGACUUGAGAAAAAAUAUCAAGCACGAUGGGCGCAAGAGAAAGUCUUCGAGGUCAACGCUCCCCCGGCUGCGGACUUACAAGGUCUUACACCAGACCAAAUUCGCGAGAAAUACCCCAAGUGGUUCGGCACUUUCCCUUAUCCAUACACGAAUGGAAGCUUGCAUCUGGGACACGCAUUCACCAUUAGCAAGAUCGAGUUCGCAGCGGGGUACCAGCGUAUGCUAGGAAAACGAGUUUUGUUCCCUCAUGGAUUUCACGUAACCGGUCUUCCAAUCAAGGCGUCUGCGGACAAAUUAGUGCGGGAAAUGGAGAUGUUUGGCAGGGAUUUCGAAAACUUCGAGGAGGUUCAGCAGAAGUUGGCUGAAGAAGCUGAGGAUGCACCCAAGGAGGAAAAGCCAGUUGUUGCGAAGGAGGGAGCCGUCGACAAUUUCAAGGGAAAGAAGGGAAAGCUCCAGGCCAAGUCAACGGGACACGUUUACCAGUUCCAAAUCCUGCAGUCCAUUGGUAUUCCGACGGCUGACAUCAAGUCGUUCGCCGACCCUCAGCACUGGCUGGAGUUCUUCCCCCCUAUCGCGAUGGAGGACAAUAACGCAUUUGGCUCGCGUGUCGACUGGCGGAGGCGGUUUUUGACAACGCCUGCGAAUCCGUACUACGACGGUUUCGUUCGAUGGCAGGUGAACAAAUUACAUGCCAUGGGCAAGAUCAAGUUCGGAGAGCGAUACACCAUCUAUAGUCCCAAGGAUGGCCAACCAUGCAUGGAUCACGAUCGGUCAGAUGGUGAGGGUGUCGGCCCGCAAGAGUACACGGCAGUCAAAAUGGAGGUGGUGGACUGGAGUCCAGCAGCCAAGGAUGCUAUCGAGGGGAAAGUUGGUGGGCGCAAAGUGUUUUUGGUCGCUGCGACCUUGCGACCGGAAACGAUGUACGGCCAGACCAACUGCUUCGUCGGUCCUACGAUCAAAUACGGCGUGUUCGCGGUCAACGACAACGAAGCUUUUGUGUGCACUUACCGAGCCGCACGGAACAUGACGUUCCAGGGUAUUACGAAGACACGCGGCGAGAUCGAUCAGUUGCAGGAGCUCGAAGGCUCGGCAAUUGUGGGGACGCGCAUCAAGGCACCAUUUGCUAUCAACCCGGAGGUGUACGUCUUGCCGAUGGAGAGUGUACUACCUACAAAAGGAACUGGCGUCGUAACGUCUGUUCCAUCGGACUCUCCUGACGACUGUGCGACACUCAACGAUCUAGUGAAAAAGGCUGCAUUCUACGGGAUCAAGCCUGAGUGGGCUGCGAUCUCACCUGUACCUGUCAUCUCGACUGCUGGCUACGGCGACAUGAUUGCACCAUCUUUGUUGAAGAGCAUGAAGAUCAACUCGCCGAAGGACGCCAAGCAGCUGGCUGAAGCGAAGGACAUUGCGUACAAGGAGGGCUUCUACAACGGGACCAUGCUGGUGGGCGAGUUCAAGGGCAUGCGUGUUGAGGAAGCGAAGCCACGGGUCAGGCAGCGGAUGAUCGACGCCGGACUGGCCAUGGCUUACGCAGAGCCAGAAGGCCUUGUAAUCAGCCGAAGCACAGACGAGUGUGUCGUCGCGUUGAUGGACCAGUGGUACAUGGACUACGGCGAGGAGAAAUGGCGUGCCGCGACAGAGAGAGCUCUAUCGAAGAUGCAUUUCUACUCUGCUGAGACACAACAUUCUUUCGAAGCGACUUUGGGCUGGUUGAAUCAAUGGGCUUGCGCUCGAACAUACGGUCUAGGAUCUGUUUUGCCAUGGGACCCCCAGUUCUUGGUCGAGUCACUGACAGACUCAACAAUCUACAUGAGCUAUUAUACUGUCGCCCAAUUGUUACAUGAGAAUAGCAUCGAUGGCUCCGUCCCGGGGCCGUUGGGGAUCACUGCAGAGCAAAUGACCGACGAAAUGUGGGAAUAUGUCCUAUGUGAUGGACCAUAUCCGCCAUCGACAUCCGUGCUGAAAGAAAAGGCAGACGCGCUGAAGCAUGAGUUCAACUACUUCUAUCCGCUGGACAUUCGUUCUUCCGCGAAGGACUUGGUGCCGAAUCACUUGACCUUCUGCUUGUAUAAUCACGUCGCCAUCUUCCCCGAGGACAAAUGGCCGCGGAGCUUCCGAACGAACGGACAUUUGUUGUUGAACGGGAAAAAGAUGUCCAAGGGCGCAGGCAACUUCUUGACCCUGCGAGAGGGCAUUAAAAAGUUUGGUGCGGACGCGACGCGUUUGUCUCUGGCUGAUGCUGGAGAUGGUGUCGAGGACGCUAAUUUUGACGAGAAGACGGCGAAUGCGAACAUCUUGCGAGUGCACACCCUCGUGAGCUGGUGCGAGGAGAUGAUCAAGGAUCAAGCGACUCUCCGCACUGGAAAGAAGGGCUCCUAUCACGAUGUCGUUUUCGAGCAGGAGACCAAUGAGCUUAUCAACAUCACUCAGUCUCACUACGAAGAGUACGCUACCGAUCCGUGGUUUUCCUUGGUCGAGACUGACUCAGCAUGCGCAGAAUGAACUACAAGGAUGCGCUCAAGUUCGGCUUCUAUGAGCUGCAGUCUGCUCGAGACUGGUAUCGAGAGGUCACGGCCGACAUCGGCAUGCAUGCCGAGUUGGUUAAGAAUUGGAUUCAAGUAGCUGCGUUGCUGAUCACACCGAUCGCUCCCCAUUUAGCAGAGCAUCUCCAUUCGACCCUUCUCCAAUCGCCGACUUCAGUGCAGCUUGCUCUGUGGCCAACACCUUCCGAGACCGUUGACCGGACUGUCAUCGAAACUGGCCUUUAUAUGCGUGGUCUCACCAAGACUAUCCGCGAUGCAGAACUCACUCUCGUCCGGUUGAUGACCAAGGGUAGGAGCAAAGGCAAGACCGCCGACAAGGGACCCGCAUUUGACCCGAAGAAGCCAAAGAGUGUUAGGAUAUAUGUGGCCAGCUCUUUCCCCGACUGGCAAAACACUUGCGUCGCCAUCGCCAAAGAGGCAUUCGAUGCGGACACCCAGUCAUUUGACGAUGCCAAGAUUCGCGCCCUCUUGACAGAGCGUGGCUUGCUCAAAGACAAACGGGUUAUGCCGUUUGUUCACGAAUUCAAGAAGCGGGUCGCCGCUGUCGGUGAAAAAGCCUUCGAGCGCGAGUUGGCGUUUUCUGAGAGCCAGGUCUUGUCCGAGAUUAUUCCAUACUUGAAAAAGUCUCUGACUUUGGUGGAUGUGGAUGUCUACUCGGUUCAAGAGGCGCUGAAACAGUCAGCACCCGGCUUCACCCCAACUAUUAUCGAGUCUGCAGUGCCAGGAACACCUGCGUUCGAGUAUCGUAAUGUCGAAAGAAUGUAAUACAUAGACCUCGUUAAUGAUCCCCCAUCCGUAAAGAACAAGGGGGGAGCGUGAGAUAUUGCCGUGUUUACUUUCGGCAAAUUAGGUUGAGGCAUCAGAUUAUCAUCCCGAUGCUCACCAGAGUCACCGGAACGUCAAGACUUCGUUCUUAUCGUCGAGAGGAGACAAGGAAUCGACGUAGCUUCCUCUUUGCAAAGUAUCGCAGUAGGCCGAUGAGAUACUCCCGGAAUUAUGACUGUAGCAAAGACGAAGCCUUUACAAGAAACAAGAAGCGUGAAAUAUUGUUUGGAAGGCAGGAAGAUAGCGG